CCUGGGGGCCCGCAAAGCGACGUGCAGUUCCCAGGGUGGCUCAGAACGCUGCUGUCUCUCUGCAGAAGGAGAGCCAGAAGGCAGAUGAGUACCUGCGGGAGAUCAAGGACAAGGAGCAGCUCUCGGAGGCUGUACAGCAAUGCAUCGAGGCUGCAGGCUACGAGCACGAGCCCGAGACCCAGAAGUCCCUGCUCAGGGCAGCCUCCUUCGGCAAGUGCUUCCUUGACCGGUUCUCCCCUGAGAGCUUUGUGCGCAUGUGCCAGGACCUGCGGGUGCUCAAUGCCAUCCGGGACUACCAGAUCGGCAUCCCCCUCACCUUUGCCCAGUACAAGCAGCUCACCAUCGAAGUGCUGCUGGACAGGCUGGUCCUCCGGAGGCUCUACCCUCUGGCCAUCAAGAUCUGCGAGUACCUGCGCCUUUCCGAGAUCCAGGGCGUCAGCAGGAUUCUUGCCCACUGGGCCUGCUACAAGGUGCAGCAGAAGGACAAGUCGGACGAGGAGGUGGCCCAGGCCAUCAACCAGAAGCUGGGAGACACCCCCGGCAUCUCAUACUCGGAGAUCGCUGGUCGUGCCUACGAGUGCGGCCGCACCGAGCUGGCCAUCAAGCUCCUGGAGUAUGAGCCCCGGUCAGGGGAGCAGGUUCCGCUGCUGCUGAAGAUGAAGCGGAGCAAGCUGGCACUGAGCAAAGCCAUCGAGAGCGGGGACACAGACCUGGUGUACACGGUCGUGCUGCACCUGAAGAAUGAACUGAACCGUGGCAACUUCUUCAUGACGCUGCAGAACCAGCCAGUGGCCCUGAGCCUCUACCGCCAGUUCUGCAAGCACCAGGAGAGGGAGACACUCAAGGACCUGUACAACCAGGACGACAACCACCAGGAGCUCGGCAAUCUCCACGUCCACAACAGCUACGCCAACGAGGAGCGGAUCGAGGGGCGGGUGGCAGCACUGCAGAACGCAGUGGAUGAGUACUACAAGGCCAAGAAUGAGUUUGCCGCCAAAGCCACAGAGGAUCAGAUCAAGCUGCUGCGGAUCCAGCACCGGCUACAGGAGGACUUGGACAAGCCCUACCUGGACUGCUCCCUACACGACACCAUCUCUCACCUCAUCCUGGAUGGCAAACACAAGCGGGCUGAGCAGCUGUACCGGGAGUUCAAGAUCCCUGACAAGAGGUUCUGGUGGCUGAAGAUAAGCAGCUUGGCCGAGUGCGGCGACUGGGAGGAGAUGGAGAAGUUCUCCAAGAGCAAGAAGUCGCCCAUCGGGUACCUGCCCUUCGUGGAGAUCUGUGUGAAGUACCACAACCGCCAUGAGGCGAAGAAGUACGCGGCCCGUGUCACACCUGAGCAGAGGGUCAAGGCCUUCAUCCUGGUGGGAGACCUGGACCAAGCUGCCGACGCCGCCAUUGAGCACAAGAGUGAGAGCGAAAUGAGCCUGGUGCUGGCCAAGUGCUUCCCUGCCAUUGACGCCACCGUUGUGGAGAAGCUCAAUCGCGCCCGGGCCCAACUCCUCAAGAAAUAGCUCCUGCCUUGGCCAUCCCUGGACCCUGGGUGCAGGCCAGGCGCGGCGCUGUGCUCUGGACAUUGUGUCCUAGGCUGGCACCAUGGGGGCAAGGAUUGUGACUUCCUGGCCCCGGUGCAGCCUACUUGCCAGCACCUGCGCAGCAAACUUUGGCUGGAGGAGUCAGUGAAUCCGUGCCAAAGGGGUCUCCCUGUGCUGCUGUUGGGUGCAGGAACCGGACGACAUGGGAACCUGCUGCCUGUCCUCCCCCCCAGGCUAUUGCUCCAGCCCAAACCCCCGUCCAGCUGGCUCCUUCCACACCAGCCGCGCUGCCCCUGCCCUCCUUGCUGCUGGCUGAGCACAAGGGCAGGGGCGGAAGUCACAUCCUCCCGGGGUUCCCCUUGCAAGAGGCUGGGGUGGCAUUCCUGUGGGGACUGGGGUUUGGCCCCGGUGGGGGAGAGAUGUAUGGGGGGCUCAUUUGUGUGCAGGGGGGUGCGUGGAGACCAGUGCCAGGCUGGGGACACCUGCAUGAGGGUUUGUGGAGGCUGGGCAUGUGGCUACGUGGCCUGUCCCUUCGCUAUGGGAAAUAAAACCCUGGAUGUCCCUCUG